UGAGAGUGGCAGCUGGACUUGCCCGCUGCGAGGGGCAGGGCGCCGCAGUGCCGUAGUAGUGAGCAGCCGAGGCGCACCUCUUGGGAGUCGCGGGUACUGGGGCCGGCAGAGACCCCCGGCGCUGCCUAACCCCAACCGGGCAGCCCGAGCUCCGUGGCACCCAGUCGCGCUCCAUCCCCCUCCCCAGGAGGGCUGCGCGGGCGGGAAGACGCCCAGACGCCAGCUUCGGUCCCCUUUCAGCCUCUCGGUUCCUCUUUCCACCCAAGUAAGGGAAUAAGCCCCGAGGAAGGAGCGCUCCGCAGAAUCGCGCAACCAAGUGUUGCAUGCUGAGGAGGAGCAAAGACUUCUGAAUUUACCUUGUCUACAAACUGAAGGAUGUUUCCUGAGAAAUAUCAGAGGUCUUCAUCUGCUGAAAGGUGCCCGCAGCUGCCGUAGACACUUGGGUCCUUGAGAAAUCUCCUGAAGGGCUUGUCCAUUGUGUACCUGCAAUGAACCAAGCCCCAGGCUGGGCCUCGGCUUUAGCCUGGUGAACAAAACUCUGUCCCUAAGCUCACGUGCUCACAUCCAGCAAAGAUGAGUGAAGAACGGUGGGUCUCCCUCACUCCAGAAGAAUUUGGCCAACUCCAGAAAUACACAGAAUAUUCUACCAAGAAGAUAAAAGACGUCUUGGCUGAAUUUAAUGAGGGUGGGAGCCUCAAACAAUAUGGCCCACAUGAGCCAAUUAGCUAUGAUGUCUUCACGCUGUUCAUGAGGGCAUACCUGGAGGUGGACCUUCCUCAGCCACUGAGCACACACCUCUUCCUGGCCUUCAGCCAGAAGCCCAGACAGGAGACCCCUGACCACCCAAAGGAGGGGGCCAGCAACAGCGAGGCCAGUGGCCCAGAUUCCGACAUACAGAAUGCAGAUAAUGCUGCCAAAGCAGACGAGGCCUGUGCCCCAGAUACGGAAUCAAAGAUGACCGAGAAGCAAGUGCCAGCUAAAGACCAAGCGGCUGCGACCCCUCUGGGAAACCCUGUUGUUCAGUCUCCAGGCUCAGAAUCCCCCACAGUGUACCUGAAGGACGUCGUGUGUUACCUGUCCCUGCUGGAGACGGGGAGACCUCAGGAUAAGCUAGAGUUCAUGUUUCGUCUCUAUGAUUCAGAUGAGAACGGUCUCCUGGACCAAGCGGAGAUGGAUCAUAUCGUCAACCAAAUGCUGCACAUUGCCCAGUAUCUCGAGUGGGAUCCCACGGAGCUAAGGCCUAUACUGAAGGAGAUGUUACAAGGGAUGGACUACGACCGGGACGGCUUUGUGUCUCUCCAGGAGUGGGUCCACGGAGGGAUGACCACCAUCCCAUUGCUGGUCCUCCUGGGCAUGGACGACUCUGGCUCCAAGGGGGACGGAAGGCACUCCUGGACCUUGAAGCAUUUCAAGAAACCAACCUACUGCAACUUCUGUCACAUCAUGCUGAUGGGUGUUCGGAAGCAAGGCCUGUGCUGCAUUUACUGUAAAUACACUGUCCACGAACGCUGUGUAUCCAAAAACAUACCUGGGUGUGUCAAAACGUACUCAAAAACCAAAAGGGGCGGCGAGGUGAUGCAGCACGCGUGGGUGGAAGGGAACUCCUCCGUCAAGUGUGACCGGUGCCACAAAAGUAUCAAGUGCUACCAGAGUGUCACCGCGCGGCACUGCGUGUGGUGCCGGAUGACGUUUCACCGCAAAUGUGAAUUGUCAACGUUGUGUGACGGUGGGGAACUCAGAGACCAUAUUCUGCUGCCCACUUCGAUCUGCCCCGUCACCCGGGACAGGCAAGAUGGGAAGUCGGAUGGUAGCAUGUCAGCCAAGGGUGAACUUAUUAUGCAGUAUAAGAUCAUCCCCACCCCGGGUACCCAUCCCCUGCUUGUCUUGGUGAACCCCAAGAGUGGAGGAAGACAAGGAGAAAGAAUUCUUCGGAAAUUCCACUAUCUGCUCAACCCCAAACAAGUUUUCAACCUGGACAAUGGGGGGCCUACUCCAGGACUGAACUUUUUCCGUGAUACUCCAGACUUCCGUGUUUUGGCCUGCGGAGGAGACGGAACAGUUGGCUGGAUUUUGGAUUGCAUUGAUAAGGCCAGGUUCGCAAAGCAUCCACCCGUGGCCGUCCUGCCUCUUGGAACAGGAAAUGACCUGGCCCGCUGUCUCCGCUGGGGAGGAGGUUACGAAGGGGGCAGCCUGACCAAAAUCCUGAAGGACAUCGAGCAGAGCCCCUUGGUGAUGCUGGACCGCUGGCACCUGGAAGUCAUCCCCAGAGAGGAAGUGGAGAAUGGGGACCAGGUCCCGUAUAGCAUCAUGAACAACUACUUCUCCAUCGGUGUGGAUGCUUCCAUUGCACACAGGUUCCAUAUGAUGCGAGAGAAACACCCUGAAAAAUUCAACAGCAGGAUGAAGAAUAAGCUGUGGUACUUUGAAUUUGGCACCUCGGAGACCUUCGCAGCCACCUGCAAGAAACUCCAUGACCACAUAGAGUUGGAGUGUGAUGGGGUUGGAGUGGACCUGAGCAGCAUCUUCCUUGAAGGCAUUGCUAUCCUCAACAUUCCCAGCAUGUACGGGGGCACCAAUCUCUGGGGAGAAACCAAGAAGAACCGUGCUGUGAUCCGGGAAAGCAGGAAGGUCGUCACUGACCCCAAGGAACUGAAACUCUGUGUCCAAGACCUCAGUGACCAGCUUCUUGAAGUGGUGGGGCUAGAGGGAGCCAUGGAAAUGGGGCAGAUCUACACUGGCCUGAAGAGUGCUGGCAGGAGGCUGGCCCAGUGCUCCUCUGUCUCCAUCAGGACAAACAAGCUGCUGCCAAUGCAAGUGGAUGGAGAGCCCUGGAUGCAGCCACCAUGCACGUGCGUAUGGGCACUGCGCUGGCCUGGGGAAUACCAAGGUGAAUUUCUUCUUCCUCUCGGAGUUCAUGUGCUCAGAAGUGGGAGAAGACUUACCACAAAGAAAUGUGCCACAAAUCACUAUCAUCAAAUGGUGCUAAACUGCACACCACAGAUUAAAAUCACUCACAAGAACCAAGCACCUAUGAUGAUGGGGCCUCCCCAGAAGAGCAGCUUCUUUUCGCUGAGGAAGAAGAGCCGUUCAAAAGACUAGACCAGGUGCCCAACGCCAGUGCAGCCAAGAGAGAAAGCAAGAAACUGAAACACACACACACACACACAUCACACCACACCGCCACACUCUCAAACCAGUGGAAGUAAAGCCACCCUCUAGGAAGAAAGCUUCACCCUGACAUCCGUUCUCUUACAACAGUGGACACCCCCCAACAAAGGCAGUGCCGGCGGGACGUGUUGAAAGGACUUAGGGCCCACCGGAUGUGGUUGGCUCAUGCAGCACCCUCCACGUUCCCUGAAGGCCUUGAGAGGGACUUCCUGAGACCGCAGGAGAAAUCCCCCUCUCUUUCCACUAGGCCCACAGGUUUCCUCACAAGGAGCAGGCUGCAGGUUUCCUGCCUUUGGUGAGAUCGGAUGUGGCCAAGGGAAAGCGCUCGCAUUCAGAGAGCUUGCACAAAGGUCCCUCUGUGCGGAGACAAGACAGCCUCCGCCUCUCAGAGCACAACCCUUGGCAGGGCUCAGCCCGCGCACACCGACUGCUCUGUCGGUCGGUUGUCCUUCGUUCUUCGAGCGACAGUCAGCUUCUCCUGGAACUUGCUGAGGAGGCAGAAAGUCUGAGGAAAGCUGCGUUUCCUUUCUCGGCCGUGCGCACGGUCGGUGGGCACUGCUUCUUUUCCCGGAGCCUGCUGGUGGCUGUGUGUUUGUUUAGAGCCGGCUUCCAGAGCCCUGGAGCUGCCUGCACAGCGCACCUUAGAUGUGGUAUUUAUUUUCUUAGUUCUGUGAACACCUGGGAGGGAAAGCGGAGAAACUGGAAUUUAUUUUUCAAAUUGGUGUCAUAAUAUUGUGUAAAAAGGGAAGAAAAAAAAAAAACACCCCCAGCUUCUUUCUUUUUCAAGCCAACGCGUGUUUCCUGUUUGAGUUCCAAGCCCUGGAGGCAGACUAUUCCUGAAGGCAAAGAAGAUGGGAGGGAAGGGCCUUUUGCCGAGGAGACCAGGAGACAGACCAUCAGGCGGUUCCCUCCUGCCUCUUUGUACCUACCGCUCCCAGAUUAAGACCUCAAGGCCCUUCUGAUGGUCCUAUGUGUGUGUACAUAUAUAUAGUAUAUAUAUUUAUAUGUAUAGAUAUUUAUUUACUGGUGGGUUUUUCCUGAUUGCAAAAAAAAAAGUAUAAGAACAGAAAAUGAGAAACAAAAAGAAGGUUCUUCCCCCCCCCCCCACUUCUUCCAUUUCAUUGUCAAUUUCCUGUGGUGAUCAUGAGAUUUAAGGGAAAUUAAAGUAGCUCCUUAUCAUAAAUAGACUGAGAAUUUCUAUUCUGGAUCCUCAAAACAACCAUGAAAGAUAUGCCAGGCAGGAUUUACUCUCCCAUUUGUCAGAUAAGGAAACUGAGUCUCAGAAAAGUUGAACUUGUCCGUGGUAUCCUGGCUAACGUGGCUUGGGAAUAGGUGCCACUGAGAAGAGAUUUAAUAGAGAAAAGCACCCACAUAUCUUGGAAUAGAGUCAUUUCUGGUCACUGAGAAGUGAUUCCAUUGGGAUCCAGGUUGCCAGGGAAGAAUGAAUGUGCAACCCACGUGUGGCCGGAACAAGCCCACACGAGAAAGUGAGGGCCACCCGAUGCUUCCCAGAGACUCUCUCUAGCCUGAACUGAUGAGAAUUUGGUCCGGGGUUGAAGGCACUAGAAGAUCAUCAAAUUAAACUCUCCACAUGUCACCUCAUCAUGGUCAUCAGUCUCUUGAUCUGGAAACACCCCUGGCGACAGGGAUGGCCUCAGUGGAGAGUCACGAGGAGGGCAGAGGCACCUCCUGCCGGGUGCUGCCAGCCAGCAUGACAUUUCAGUUCGGUGGGCUCCAUUCAUCUGGCGCCAGCAUGACCUCCUUCCCUGAGGGCACGUCUGUGGAGAGCUUUGUUGGCGCGUUUGCUUCCUUCAGCCUCCAUCCCCUCUGAGAUUUCUCAAGAGGAAAGCUGGGCCCACUCAACACCACUCCACUGAGCUCCCUCUGUCUCCUUUCACUGGGUCAGGAACUUCGGACAAGAAAGGGAAAAUUAAGAUUGCAUGUACAAAUUGAUUCUAACUCUGAAGGAAGCAGUCCACUAGGACCAGUCUAGGACAGAGAUCUAGAAUCAUCCUGCUCUACCUAACAGUGCAGAACACUGGGCAAAGGGAAAAUAGGCGGCCUGAAGCAUGUCCUGAAUGAUGAGCUCCUUGGUGAUGGGACCAACAAGCCCCAGAAUGAACAACAGGUACCAUCUUGGAAGCCACUUGAUUCUGAAAUGAAGGCAGGUUCAGUGCAAGGGUCACUGAUUCUAAAACAUUUACAGAAGUUUUUGCGUGUGUUCCAGCCCCAAUGUCCCAACGUUGAGGCUGUUGAGACACAGCACUGUCAACAGGUGAAACUGAUGCUCGAAGAUCACAUGUCAGAGACUGGCCCCUGCCUGCUCCACUCUAGUGCAUAGGACUUGCAGUGUUGCUUGAGAGACACGUCCCACGUCCUCCGUAGAGCCACAGAGUACAGCAAACAUCGGUGGAAUUGCACUUUCAGUGUUGUAACCUCAGUAAGUCUAGUGUUGUUUAAUCUGACUUUGCAACUCAUCCCUUAACUACUGUGACUGUGGUUUCAGUUCCCAUAGAAUACCUCAUCACAGUGGUCCUCCCAGCAGCCCCUGAGGUUGACAGAAAAGGUGGUUAUUGACCUCAUCUAAAUAAUGAGGGAAAACGAGGCUUAAUAAGACCUAGUGCCGUCUCAAAGUUAGGCAGUCAGGGGAGAAUCCUCCCUUAUUCCUCGUCCUGUUCUGAUUCUGACCAUGUCACAGACAUGUUUUCACCUGCCCCCACACGUCUGCCCCACUGGCAAUAAAAAGAAUGAAACAGAAACAGGAAA